CCACGUGCUUAUUUUGGGGGUCAAAAGAAAAUAAGACCCUGUUGUAUUUUCAGUGAAACACGGUACCAGUGCUCCCAUUGUGACAAAAGAUUUACCAUGCACACCAAUCUGGCGAUACACAAGAGGACUCACAAUGGGGGACAACCAUAUGAGUGUCUGGAUUGUGGGAAACUUUUUCUGCAUAAUUCCAAGCUGGUGAUACACCAGAGAACUCACACAGGAGAGAAACCAUAUCCGUGUCCAGAUUGUGGGAAAAUGUUCAGUCAGAAUUCCUACCUGGUGAGACACCGGAGGACUCACACAGGAGAAAAACCAUAUGAGUGUCCAGACUGUGGGAAAAGUUUCAGUCGGAAUUCCCACCUGGUGGAACAUCAGAUGACUCACACAGGAGAAAAACCAUAUCCAUGUCCAGAUUGUGGGAAAUGUUUCCAGCAGAAUUCCAAGUUGAUGCUACACCAGAGGACUCACACAGGAGAGAAACCAUAUGAGUGUCCAGACUGUGGGAAAUGUUUCAAGGAGAAUUCCAAACUUGUGAUACACCAGAGGAGUCAUACAGGAGAGAAACCGUUUGAGUGUCCCGAUUGUGGGAAAUGUUUCAGUCAGAAUUCCUACCUGGUGAUACACCAGAGGAUUCAUACAGGAGAGAUACCAUUUGAGUGUGUGGAAUGUGGGAAAGUUUUUAGUAGGAAUUCUAAACUGCUCAUGCACCAAAGGACUCACACGGGAGAGAAAUCAUUUGAAUGUCCUGAUUGUGGAAAAGGUUUCAAUUGCAAUUCUGACCUUGUGGUACACCAGAGGAUUCACACAGGAGAAAAACCGUAUGAGUGUCUCGAGUGUGGGAAAACUUUCAUUCAAAAUUCCCACCUUGUGGAACACCGCAAGACUCACACAGGAGAGAAACCAUAUAAGUGUCCAAUUUGUGGGAAAGGUUUCUAUCGGAAUUCCCAUGUGAUAGUACACCAGAGGUCUCACUCGGGAGAGAAACCAUAUGAGUGUCUGUUUUGUGGGAAAGCUUUCAGUCAGAAUUCCUAUCUGGUUAAUCACCAGAGAAUUCAUACAGGAGAAAAACCAUACGAGUGUCCUCAAUGUGGAAAAAGAUUCAGUCGGAAUUCCGACUUGAUGAUACACUGGAGGACUCACACAGGAGAAAAACCUUAUGAGUGUCCAGAUUGUGGGAAAGCUUUCAGUAUCAGGUCUAGCCUUAUAAAUCAUGUAAGGUUACACACAGGGGAAAAACCGUUCAAGUGUCCAGAUUGUGAGAAGUGUUUCACACAAAAUUCCUCUCUGAUUGCCCACAGGAAAUUCCAUCUGAAGCAAAUGACUCACAAUGGGGGACAACCAUAUGAGUGUCUGGAUUGUGGGAAACUUUUUCUGCAUAAUUCCAAGCUGGUGAUACACCAGAGAACUCACACAGGAGAGAAACCAUAUCCGUGUCCAGAUUGUGGGAAAAUGUUCAGUCAGAAUUCCUACCUGGUGAGACACCGGAGGACUCACACAGGAGAAAAACCAUAUGAGUGUCCAGACUGUGGGAAAAGUUUCAGUCGGAAUUCCCACCUGGUGGAACAUCAGAUGACUCACACAGGAGAAAAACCAUAUCCAUGUCCAGAUUGUGGGAAAUGUUUCCAGCAGAAUUCCAAGUUGAUGCUACACCAGAGGACUCACACAGGAGAGAAACCAUAUGAGUGUCCAGACUGUGGGAAAUGUUUCAAGGAGAAUUCCAAACUUGUGAUACACCAGAGGAGUCAUACAGGAGAGAAACCGUUUGAGUGUCCCGAUUGUGGGAAAUGUUUCAGUCAGAAUUCCUACCUGGUGAUACACCAGAGGAUUCAUACAGGAGAGAUACCAUUUGAGUGUGUGGAAUGUGGGAAAGUUUUUAGUAGGAAUUCUAAACUGCUCAUGCACCAAAGGACUCACACGGGAGAGAAAUCAUUUGAAUGUCCUGAUUGUGGAAAAGGUUUCAAUUGCAAUUCUGACCUUGUGGUACACCAGAGGAUUCACACAGGAGAAAAACCGUAUGAGUGUCUCGAGUGUGGGAAAACUUUCAUUCAAAAUUCCCACCUUGUGGAACACCGCAAGACUCACACAGGAGAGAAACCAUAUAAGUGUCCAAUUUGUGGGAAAGGUUUCUAUCGGAAUUCCCAUGUGAUAGUACACCAGAGGUCUCACUCGGGAGAGAAACCAUAUGAGUGUCUGUUUUGUGGGAAAGCUUUCAGUCAGAAUUCCUAUCUGGUUAAUCACCAGAGAAUUCAUACAGGAGAAAAACCAUACGAGUGUCCUCAAUGUGGAAAAAGAUUCAGUCGGAAUUCCGACUUGAUGAUACACUGGAGGACUCACACAGGAGAAAAACCUUAUGAGUGUCCAGAUUGUGGGAAAGCUUUCAGUAUCAGGUCUAGCCUUAUAAAUCAUGUAAGGUUACACACAGGGGAAAAACCGUUCAAGUGUCCAGAUUGUGAGAAGUGUUUCACACAAAAUUCCUCUCUGAUUGCCCACAGGAAAUUCCAUCUGAAGCAAAUGUGUAUAGUAGAGGAAUCUUGACUUUCAUUUCUUUUCUCUCUUUGGAAGCCCAGUUGAGAAAUUAUCCAUUAAAUUUCUUGCCUUAUUAUUUUUAAUCAAACUUGUCUUAGUAACAAACAUGAGGGAGGAGGUCUGAGCUUCCUUUCUCUGGAGUUGUGUGGUUGUUCCCUUUUACAGUGUUGAGGGGAAUUGCCAUGCUAGGCCAAAGUUGAGGUGCUUAGAUCUUAUUAGGUAUGUUUGUCACCUUGAGUUAUUUCUACUUAUAAUAAAGGUAGGAUAUAGAUAUGUAUGCAUGUAUGUAUGUAUUUUUAUUUAUUAAGAAAUUGUGCAUGGCAGCCCAGCGUGACUCCAUUGCUGGCUUAGAGCAAUGAAAUCUUAAUACAGAAACCAAUGAACCAUAUAUAUAGCCAAUAGCAAAAUACAAAAACUUCACAUUUGCCAUACUCCCACACCAUUCCAUUCCCCACCAUCCAGUCAGGGCUGGAGAAGCUUCUGGAAUGAGAAGUGAAACGUCU